AUGUCAUCAUCCUCCGUAGCUCUCAUCAACUUUGUCGUUCUCAUCUGCGACAACGUCGCUUUCUCGACCUCGGGAUACGCUUUUUUCGACCACUUCUCUACCUCCACCAGCAAGAACGCUCUCUUGAACUCCUUGAAGUCCCCAGUACCGUCAAACGUUUUUGGCUCUGGCAACGCCGACGCCUUCAUCAUUCUCCCCAUAGAUGCCACCAUUCCCAUCAUAACCUCGUUCCCCGCGCUAUACCUGGAACUUCUGCCACUCUUCCAAUCUUCACCCCAACUUCUUUCACUAUCCGAGUAUUCUCCACGCCUGCCAUGCAUCGAGAAUUCGUCAUCCGAAUCCCUUGAGGACCACUUUCUGACCACCUCCAACCUCGAGGGCACCGGAACUUCCUUAAUCCAACCCCAGAAUCUCAGUGGAACAGGCCCAGGCUCUGGCACAGGAGCAGCAAUGAACAGUCAGAACUUUAUCCAAACCCAAAGCUUAACAGGGACAGGAACACAAUCAUCCGGAUCAGCAUCCAGUGGGAAUUUCAUAUCACCAGACGAUGUGGAAACAAAACCCUCAUCGUUGAUGUCGGAUGACUCGACACUAUCCCAAAUAACUCCGGGAGGACCAUCGAUUUCGUCAUCUGCGUAUCCGGCGUCGAGUGCCGUCGACUCUGCCUCAUUGUAUUUUCAGUUAUCGCCUAUGCCCUACCUUCCGAAUGUAAGCACAGCCACUGCAGCAGCCAAUAUGAGCGCUUAUUUUAAUCGGUCUGCUUAUCCAACAAGCCAUUUGGGUCUGCCUGCCCAAGUAGGGCACAAUUAUUUGCCAUCAAGUAUGCAAUUCAUUGGAGGAAGUCUGUCGGAGUGCCAGUCAGCUGCCACCAUGGGGUCCAUGUCCUGGAACGCAAACCAACCCAGUUUCUCCAGAAAACAACGACGCGAAAGAACAACAUUUACUCGAAAUCAACUUGAAAUUUUGGAGAGUUAUUUCGUGAAAACUCGCUAUCCAGAUAUUUUUAUGAGAGAGGAUAUGGCUCAUAAAAUCCAACUGCCGGAGAGCCGAGUACAAGUAUGGUUCAAGAAUCGAAGAGCGAAGGCUAGGCAACAAAAGAAAACAAUGUCAUCGGGAAGUGGAAAUGUUGGUGGCUGUAAUGGUUUCAGCUCAAACGGCACCUCUUCUGGUGGAUCCGGCGGCUCCACAGGAAGCGAAGUUCAACCAUCCUCCCCAGCAACUACAGACAAUGAGUUGAAGUUCUCGGAUUCGAUCAAAGAAGAAUGUGAUGAUCAAUCGAGCAGUCCAUCUUCAGAUGAUCAAAAAGGAGGUGCUUAUAUCGAUCCGAUUUCAAGUACAACUGGAACAACUUCCUACAAUGGAACGGCUAGUUUCAGACCACAGGCACAAUACCCAUAUAGCGCCUACCAAGCCGAUUAUUUCCAGUACGCUCAAGCCAACCCCAAUGCGACUACAUAUAGCUUAGACGGAAAUCCGAUGUGGAAAUUCCAAGCUAGCUAA